CCUCAUCUGAACUUCUCGACUGCAUCUCGAAGGGACUCGAAUGUUGAACUCGAGAUGAAAUGUUUUGGCCCCAAGUCAUACACCUGGGGCAUGUGUCUUCGCGCCCGCGCCAAUCACCAAACAUGCCAGGCUAUGCAUUCGAACAAGCAAUCAACCGUACUCCCACUGACUACGGACAGUGAAAAAGAUCCCAGUUAAAGCAGCUGCGGCUCCCUUUAUGUAUAUGACUGCAAGAUAGGCCUCCCCUCCAAUGACCAGCGGGAGCACGAUUGAGCCGUUUUACUUUCACGGAACUUAUGAGACGCAUUUGGACGAUCCUACGUGGGGAGGCUUGUGGUACGAAUCCUUUAUAGGUACCCCUCGGUUACGUGGAUUCGGACAAACAGGCCAUGUUGCCCUUCAGCUGAUAUCCCAACCAACCCGUCCUUUUUGUUUAUGCUUGCUUACGUUGACCGCCAUCUUAAACCUUGUAACCUACCGUCCGACGGUUCGCGUCUGUCGAGCAAGUUGUCAACUUAAUUAUCAAUCAACCAUCUGUCGAUACAUAUCUAUAAGCGACACUCUGGGAGCCACAAAAGAUGAGCACAAACACUGCCCGCAAGGCCGGCGAACAGCCAAAGCGUCGUGCCUGCGACGAAUGCCGAGGCCGAAAGCUCGCCUGUUCCAAAGAAAUCGAUGGAUGCGCUCGAUGCAAGCGCGAAGGCAUCAAAUGCGUCUACUCGCCUCAGAAACCCAUGGGAAGGCCGAGAAAACGAGCACAUGUUAAGAUUGACGCCACUGAAAACACUGAAACCAAUGCUCAGAAAGACAAGCCAAAUGUCGUUACCGCAGAGACUGCACCAGCCCUCCCGGCCCUCCCGGCGAACAUCACCCCUAUUCCACCUUUCAACCCCGACGACUUUGCACUUCCAGAGUUCGACCCAACCCUCGCCAUGGAUCUCGACUUCUCCUUCCUCGACAUGAGCAACGCCGACCUCAACUUCAUAGACAUCAUCGACCCCUCCACUCAAUUCCCACCCAACCAGUACCUCCCCACUGACCCCCUCCCACAACACCUCAACCCAUUACCCCCCAUCGAGCCCAUCAACAAAACCCCCGUAUCCGAGCCCCCAGGACAGUUCUUCGCCUUCGGCACCGACCUCGGACAGAUCGAUUUCAAUUCUUCCGUUUGCCAACAACCCCCCACCAGCCAAGCACCCGAGAUCUCCCAAGAAGACGUCGCCAAAAUCUUCUCCAUCCCCAACAACAUCCCCACCAUCCCCGACGAUUGUUCCGUCCCCAGUCUUUCCCCGGGAGGGAGCUCUUCCUCAUCCUCCUCCUCCCCCAGCGCCGACCCUCAUUCCAACGACCCCCCAACAUGCAGCUGCCUAGCCUCGCUGUACCUAGCAAUGGAAUCAGUAAAAGUCCUCCCCAAAUCCAUCUCCCGCGCCAUGCGCAUCACCCGAGCGGCCUCCCGAACAGCCCACGACUCCAUCCUCUGCAAAGUCUGCAGCGACGUCCCCUUGUUCAACCCGGAUAACCCGGGCACGUUGGCCAAGCCGCCGAUGGUGUCGCUUCAGUCGCUCAUGAUGCUCGGGGCUCUGCUUCCAUCCCUCUCGAACGCGUACAUGAGGAUAUUGACAAUGGUUGAUCAGGAAGCUGCUGCUGCUGACAGGGAAAGGCGGAAGAUUGUGUUUACGCUUUCCGAGUAUGGGGGUUUGUGGGGGACGUUGGCCGAGCAGGAGCCCUACCAGUGCGGGGCGGCGGAGAAGCUGGAGGGGAGGGUGAUGGAGGCGGGGUUGUGGAGGUUGACGGUUAGGGCACUGCUCAAGAUUGAUGUUUAUGGGGUGCAGGAUGUGGAAUGUAGGGAUGUGAGGAUAUUGGGGUUGAAGGAUAUUAUUGGGAUGAUGGAGGAGAGAUCGAGGAGGAGGCAUAGGUUGAUGGAUGAGUUGGUCGAACGGGGGCCGACUUGUUUGAGGAUUAUUGAUAUUGCUAAGAGGAGUAUGGAGGAGUUGAUUAUUCCUUAGGUUGGGGG